CAGUGUGUUCAUAAACAAAGGUUUUGAUUACAAAAUCAUCGUACUGUGGUUGCUUUCACUUCAUAAAUACUGUUUCUACCUAUCUUUUUGCUAAUUAUGGAUAGAAAAGAAAAAAGGAAAAAAUCCUAGGACUAGUCAUGGCGGCGUCUCCGAGAUGGUCUUUGAGAUGAAGAUGGGGAUUACCUACUAGUUCCCAUGUCCUCCCCACUAGGAACAUGUACCUGUUCAGCCUCAAGCUGCAAGAAAAAGAUACAAGCACUUAGAUUCCAGAAGGGAUACAAGCCGCAGAAAAAAUGCAUGGGAAAGCCAAAUCUCAAGAAUUCGGUUACGUUGCCUCCGAACCAAAGCCUCCGCACUCUGAAAAGCAUGCGGUCAUUCUUGCACUAUGUUAGCAGGUAUGUGGGAUAAUCUACAUUGCAAGCAUUUGAACAUAGGAUAGAAUGAUGGAGCAGUGGAAACCGAAAAAUACCUGCAGAGCUCCGGCCGGUAACAUGUAGAGCUGGGUUGAACAAGGAGUAAGCACCAAGCGCUCCUCCUUUACAUCAGCAUAGUGGAAGGAGACGAAGGAGAGAGCCUGUGGCCAAACGGGGGUAGCAGAAGGCACAGCUGGCGGAGCCAAGAAGAGGCGACAAUACUCCAUGUAGUCUCCUGCCUAAAGGAGUAAGCUAGCCCAAUCUCUAAUCCGAGCAUUCUUCAAGUCUUCCUUGGACAAUAAAGAAGUGGAUCUCAUCGAUGUCGGAAGAAGAGGAGGAAUGAACUGAAGAGCUUCGGCACAUGGACUCCACUGACUCGCCACCCUAUCACCUAAGUACCAAGCUCGGCAAAAGGGGCCCUCAAGCAAGCUACGAGUACGGUCUAGAACUUUGGAACGCACAAGAGGGGCAUCCUCUGGUACGUCACUCCAAGGGUUGAACCGCACCUGCAAACAGGGUUAAAUCAGUCACAACACAAGAAUAUGAAAGUCCAAAGAUAAAGAAUACAGGCAAGUACCUGAUCAACUGUCAGUUGAUCCAAAACCCGUUGCCACUUAGGAAGGCUCAAAACAGGUUAUUGUGUCUUUCGUUGGCCCACCAACCAUCACUCAUAGCGGGGGACACAGCUCGCAUCCUCAUGCUUGGUGCUAGUAGGAAAUUGAAGGAGGCACCUUGCCCAAGAACCACUCCAAAGCUCCCUCCCGUUGCCAAAGCUGAGGGCCAAUCGGACAGGAGCUCCACGUACUCGUAAGCCAGUGAGCAAAGAGAAAUCGACUGGUGUGAUCGUCAUCUCACCGGCAGAGGGAAAGUGGAAUGUGUUGGUUGUGUCCCACCAUCUCUCCACCAAUGAGGUCAUCAAAGACUAAUCAAUGAAUACCCAAGUCCGGCUUCCUCAUCCCAUGAAAUUGGAUUGAUAGAAGAAAUUGGUAAUGAGAAGGAAUUGAUAAUGAGAAGAGGUUGUGAUGUGACGAUGAAUACCAAGUCCAAGGGGUAUUGCUAAUACCCAAGUUCGACUUCCUUAUCCCAUGAAAUUCACAAUUCGGAGCCAUUUGUGUUGCCAAACAAGGAAUUAAUAGUCCGAAGGGACUAUUAGUCCAGUACCAUGGCUGAAUCAAGUUAUCAAACGGGGCCUAAAUACUUCCACGAAAGAGACCACAGAAGCAAAAGGCUUAAAAAUUUGUAAGAAAACGAAUGGGAAUUCCUUCGACUAUGAGGGACGCGUGGGUGAACCGAAGGAAUUCGCUGUUGAUUGCCUCACCUCUUGAGGAUCAGAAGAUUUUGAGAUCACGCCAAUGCACCCAAGAGGGAGUUCGUGCAGGAGUAAAGGCAGCUUCCAUUGCAUGCGUUGCUACUGCUGUGCCUACUUUGGUUGCCGUACGUGUACUUCCUUGGGCGAAGGCAAACCUCAAUUAUACUGCUCAAGCACUCAUCAUAUCUGCUGCGUCCAUUGCUGCGUACUUCAUUACUGCUGACAAAACAAUCCUGGAAUGUGCGAGGAGGAAUACUCACUAUAAUGACAAAUCAGCCUGAGGUUCUGGAUCCAACAUACAAUGCUAAAAGAUUUACUCGUCUCCUUUCAUGGUAGAUGUUGCUGCUGCUAUCGGUGCUGUUUCUUAUAUAAAUUUGUUCUAUGUACCGACGUAGUUUUGUACCGAGACUGAGUGGUUCUCCUCUUGGCUCAGGUUUUUUGUUCAAUCAUUUUGCACAGUGCUGCAGCAAUGUGUGGAUCUGAGCAGCACAUUUUUUCACUUUCUUUCUUCUUUAAUGUAAACAGUCGUCCGUUGUCUCAUUAAAUGUAUUUCGUUUCCUAGUGUUGUUUGGCCAAAGAGAAGCAGAAUGUUUGUGGUUCCAGUAUGGGAGAGCUUGAAUGUCAUGGAUAAUGUUGGGGAAAAUGACUCUUUAAGAUGCUUUGGAUGAA